UACCCAGGGUCUCUCCACUAGAGUGAUUUGAAUAAUUUGAAUGCUAGCUGUGUGGUAGGAAGGAGCCUCCCCACCGCUCUCAACACCAAAGAUGUCCAUGUCUUAAUCUCAAAAUCUGUGCAUUUGUUACUUUUCAUGGCAAAAAUAACUUUGCCAAUGUGAUUAAAGGAUCUUCAAACAGGGAGAACACCAUGGACUAUUCAGGUGAAGGCACUGUAAUCACACGGGUCAUUAUAAGAGGGAGGCUGAAGUGUAAGAAGCAAAGGAGACCUGAUGACAAGAGAGACGCAGCCUUGUGACAAGAAAUGAGGGCAGCCUAUAGAACAGGAGUCCCCAACCCCUGGGCCGCCGACCGGCACCAGUCUGUGACCUGUUAGAAACCAGGCCACACAGAAGGAGUUGAGCAGUGAGCGAACGUCACCGCCUGAGCUCUGCUGCCUGUGAGAUCAGUGGCAGCAUAUUCUCACCGGAGCGUGAACCCUAUUGUGAACUACGCAUGUGAGGGAUCUAGGUUGCACGCUUCUUAUGAGAAUCUAACUAAUGCUUGAUGACCUGAAGUGGAACAGUUUCACCCUGAAACCAUUGCCCCACCCAUCUUCCAGAAAACCCAUCCCUGGUUCCAAAAAGGUUGAGGACCACUGCUCUUGAAGCCAGCAAAGGCAAGAAGUAGAUUCUCCCCUGGAGCCUCAGGAAUGGCAGGCAGCUAGUCCCAGACAUUAAUUUUAGCUCAUAAAGUAUAUUUUGGAAUUCUGAACUACACAACGUAAGAUAAUUUUUUUUGUUUUGUUUUGCUUUAACUGCUAUGUUUGUGGUAAUUUGUUACAGCAGAGAUAAAAAAAUGAAUACACUUCUCAGUAUGAUAGGUAUGAAAUGGUAUCUCAGUGUAGUGUGAAUUACACUUCUCUUAUUUUGAAUGUCAUAAGUUAUCUUUUUUAAUGUUCAUAGUACUUAGAAUAAUUUGGAUAGACAAAGCACGUUGACAGAGCUUCUGUUGCUAACUGGAGGUAUCGGAUAUUUAACAACACUUAGAAGUUUGGAUGGCAACAUUCGUUUAAACUGUGAGACAGUAAUACCUGCUGAGGUGCAGAAACUUCACUACCCCUUCAAGAAUCCUUUUUUUUUUUGAGACAGAGUUUCGCUUUUGCUGCCCAGGCUGGAGUUCAGUGGCGUGAUCUCGGCUCACCACAACCUCUGCCUCCCGGAUUCAGGCGAUUCUCCUGCCUCAGCCUCCCAUAGCUGGGUUUACAGGCAUGAGCCACCACGCCCUGCUAAUUUUGUAUUUUUAUAGAGACAGGGUUUCUCCAUGUUGGUCAGGCUGGUCUCGAACUCCCGACCUCAGGUGAUCCUCCUGCCUUGGCCUCCCAAAGUGCUGGGAUUACAGGCGUGAGCCACCGCACCUGGAAGAAUCCAUUGUUUUUUUUUUUGAGACAGGGUCUUGCUGUAUUGCCCAGGCUGGAGUGCAGUGGUGUGACUAUGGUUCACUGCAGCCUUGAAUUCCUGGGCUCUAGCAAUCCUCCCACUUCAGCCACCUGAGUAGCUGGGAUUGCAGGCAUGGGCCAGCAUGUCCAGCUAAUUUUUUUGAUUUUUAGAAGAGACGAGGUCUUGCCAUUUUGCCCAGGCCAGUCUCAAACUCCUGAGCUCAAGCAGUCCUCCCAGCUCAACCUCCCGAAGUGCUAGGAUUACAGGUGUGAGCCACUGCACCUGGCCAAGAACCCAUAUUUAGAGUCAGACUCACCGUAUCCUUGAAGAAACCAUUCCAAAUAUUAUUUAAAUGACUCCGUAUUUUUGACUAUCCUCAUUAUUCUCCAGAAAUAAUAACCAAAAGUAACUACAUCUCUGGGAUUUCUCACUAGGUAAACAAUCUUAAAUGAAAAAAAGAGAUAAUAAGAAUAAAUGUAUCCAUUCUUCUUGCUUCAAGAUUCUUGCAAAAGGCAAAAAACAUCAAACUCCUAUUAAAGUUUUGGCUAUAGCUUGUCCUUCUUUAAUUCAUUCAUUUAACAAAAUGUAUUGAGAACCCACUAUGUGCUUGACAUCUACUUAGACACUGUAGAAGGAACAGAGGAUAAGAUACGGGUCAUUUCUGCCCUGAAGAACAUUAUAAGGCAGGGAAGAGGCUAACUAAUGUUUGGACCAUCAAAUGAUGUUAUUACACUUGGGCACCACUGUUUAAGAAUCCCUGGGCUGUAAAUCAGGAACUGUGAGUUUGUUGGGAUUCUGCCAGAGACUCCGACUCAGUGCUACUCCAGGAAAUUUUAUCUUUCAGACCUCUCUUUCUUUUUGUAGGAAUUCCUACUCUAUCCCAUAUAAGCACAUCUCAGGGACUAAGCAAGUAGAUGUUAGCAGUCAACCAUAUGUAAGAUUCUUUUAUAAAAUUCAACAUGAUGGCGUGAAUAAACUCACUAUGCUGCCACUGGUUGUGAAACCUGAAGAGAUUAAACAAACUUUGCAUUUUCUCAAAACAAACAAAAAAGAGUUUGUUUGAAUUAAUAAAGCUGACCCCAAGCUAGGAUAAGUUGGAUCCAGUGUCAUACAAGGCCAUUUCCAAUUCUAAACAAAUAACGACCAUAUGGAGCCUGUGGGGAAAACUGGUCAACUCUCACCUGAAGUUCCAAAAGUUGAGAAUAUCAUAUUCUGUCCUAGAAAUUAUUUUGUAAUCCAAAUUCACCAGGUCACCAACGCUGUUGUUAAAUUUAAUAUUCUUCAGAAAGGAGUUAAGCUUAAAAAUAGUGCACUGUUACAGGAUGGAAAGAGUUCUGAAUUUGGAAAGAAGAAACUUGAAUAAGAGUAAUACCUCUGAAACUUAUUAGAUAUGUGGCUUUGGAAAAAGUCCCUUAUUGUUUAAAUCUUCAACUGUAAAGUUAGUUAUUCAAUUUUAUUUUUACAAGAAUUACGUGAGAUAAUACCUUUGAUGGCCCAUGAACAAAAAUGUGGUAUAUAUAAAGUAAAAAUUAGAUAAAGAAAACAUUAUAUAUGUAAUGGAAUGAUAAUUUAAUAUAAAGCAUGUUAAUGGAAAUAUCCCUUACUUCCUUGGUGGGAUGAAUGAGGACAGAAGAAUCAAAAUAAUCUCUUGUUACUGGUUGAAUUUUGUCUGCCCCAAAUUUUGAAUGUUGAAGUCCUAACUCCCAGUACCUCAGAAUGUGACUGUAUUUGGAGAUAGGAUUUUUACAGAGUUAAUUAAGUUAAAAUGAGGUCGUUAGGGUGGGUCCCAAUGCAAUCUGACUAGUCUCGCCAUGUCUCCAUGGGUUUUCUCUGGGUACUCCAGAUUCCUCCCACAUCCCAAAGAUGUGCACAAUAAGUUAACUGGUAUGUCUAAGUUGUCCCAGUCUGAGUGAGUGUGGGUGUGUAGUAGGCUACACCAUCUAGGUUUGUGUAAGUACACUCUAUGAUGUUUGCACAACAAGGUUCUUAGGAAAUUGCCUAAGAACCCAUUUCUCAGUAUGUAUCUUCAUCCUUUAGCAAUGUAGACUGUAUUUCCAUACUGUAAAUAGUCCCCUUGUGGUGGAUUUCUUUUUUAUUAUUUUAUUUUUAUUAUACUUUAAGUUUUAGGGUUCAUGUGCACAAUGUGCAAGUUAGUUACAUAUGUAUACAUGUGCCAUGCUGGUGUGCUGUACCCAUUAACUCAUCAUUUAGCAUUAGGUAUAUCUCCUAAUGCUAUCCCUCCCCCCUCCCCCAACCCUGCAACAGUCCCCAGAGUGUGAUGUUCCCCUUCCUGUGUCCUUGUGUUCUCAUUGUUGAAGUCCCACCUAUGAGUGAGAACAUGCGGUGUUUGGUUUUUCAUCCUUGCGAUGGAUUACUGAGAAUGAUGAUUUCCAGUUUCAUCCGUGUCCCUACAAAGGACAUGAGCUCAUCAUUUUUUAUGGCUCCAUAGUAUUCCAUGGUGUAUAUGUGCCACAUUUUCUUAAUCCAGUCUAUCAUUGUUGGACAUUUGGGUUGGUUCCAAGUCUUUGCUAUUGUGAAUAGUGCCGCAAUAAACAUACGUGUGCAUGUGUCUUUAUAGCAGCAUGAUUUAUAGUCCUUUGGGUAUAUACCCAGUAAUGGGAUGGCUGGGUCAAAUGGUAUUUCUAGUUCUAGAUCCCUGAGGAAUCGCCACACUGACUUCCACAAUGGUUGAACUAGUUUACAGUCUCACCAACAGUGUAAAAGUCUUCCUAUUUCUCCACAUCCUCUCCAGCACCCGUUGUUUCCUGACUUUUUAAUGAUUGCCAUUCUAACUGGUGUGAGAUGGUAUCUCAUUGUGGUUUUGAUUUGCAUUUCUCUGAUGGCCAGUGAUGAUGAGCAUUUUUUCAUGUGUUUUUGGCUGCAUAAAUGUCUUCUUUUGAGAAGUGUCUGUUCAUUGUCCUUUGCCCACUUUUUGAUGGGGUUAUUUGUUUUUUUCUUGUAAAUUUGUUUGAGUUCAUUGUAGAUUCUGGAUAUUAGCCCUUUGUCAGAUGAGUAGGUUGUGAAAAUUUUCUCCCAUUUUGUAGGUUGCCUGUUCACUCUGAUGGUAGUUUCUUUUGCUGUGCAGAAGCUCUUGAGUUUAAUUAGAUCCCAUUUGUCAAUUUUGGCUUUUGUUGCCAUUGCUUUUGGUGUUUUAGACAUGAAGUCCUUGCCCAUGCCUAUGUCCUGAAUGGUAAUGCCUAGGUUUUCUUCUAGGGUUUUUAUGGUUUUAGGUCUAACGUUUAAGUCUUUAAUCCAUCUUGAAUUAAUUUUUGUAUAAGGUGUAAGGAAGGGAUCCAGUUUCAGCUUUCUACAUAUGGCUAGCCAGUUUUCCCAGCACCAUUUAUUAAAUAGGGAAUCCUUUCCCCAUUGCUUGUUUUUCUCAGGUUUGUCAAAGAUCAGAUAGUUGUAGAUAUGCGGCGUUAUUUCUGAGGGCUCUGUUCUGUUUCAUUGAUCUGUAUCUCUGUUUUGGUACCAGUACCAUGCUGUUUUGGUUACUGUAGCCUUGUAGUAUAGUUUGAAGUCAGGUAGCGUGAUGCCUCCAGCUUUGUUCUUUUGGCUUAGGAUUGACUUGGCGAUGCGGGCUCUUUUUUGGUUCCAUAUGAACUUUAAAGUAGUUUUUUCCAAUUCUGUGAAGAAAGUCAUUGGUAGCUUGAUGGGGAUGGCAUUGAAUCUAUAAAUUACCUUGGGCAGUAUGGCCAUUUUCACAAUAUUGAUUCUUCCUACCCAUGAGCAUGGAAUGUUCUUCCAUUUCUUUGUAUCCUCCUUUAUUUCAUUGAGCAGUGGUUUGUAGUUCUCCUUGAAGAGGGCCUUCACGUCCCUUGUAAGUUGGAUUCCUAGGUAUUUUAUUCUCUUUGAUUUCAAUCUACCAAUAUGACAUCACUGAAUGUGGAGUUAGAAAGAGAGGUACAGUUCAUGGCUCACAGUUCCUACAGCCCUUUUAAUUUCCUAAAUGACUACAGCAAUAAAGUAUCUUUUGUUAAAAUAUCUGGCCUUUUGUUCUUGGUUCCUGAAAAAGUUCCAGAACAGCUCCAGAGCCAUAAAGGUGAAAGACAGUAUUUCAACCACACAUGAGUUUAUGUUAAUGAGGUGAUUUUUGGAAACUCACAAGAUAAUCCCAAUAUUUGGGGGGAGUGGUGGCUGGUUGCCAGAGGAAACAGCCAUGUGCUCAGAGGACUGGAACUCACAGCUCCACCCUCUACUUCUGGGAAAAGAGAGAGGCUGAAAAUUAAGUUGAUCGCCAGUGGCCAAUGAUUUAAUCAAUCACAUCUACAUAAUGAAACCUCCUUGAAAACCAAAAAGGCCUGAGUUCAAGCAGCUUUCAAGAAGGUAGACAAAAACACAUCCUUGUGCUGGGAGGGUGGUGCACUCCAACUCCACGGGCACAGAAGUUCUGCACUAGGGAUUCUCUCAGACCUUGCCCUACAUGUCUCUUCAUCUGGCUAUUUAUUUGUAUCCUUUAAAAUAUCUUUUAUAAUAAACCAGUAAACAUAAAUGUUUCCCUGAGUUCUGUGAGCUGCUCUAGCAAACUAAUGGAACCCAAGGAACCGGUUGUGGGAGCCCCAAUUUAUAGCAAAUCUCUCAGAAACACAGGUACAACAAUCUGGAGUUUGGAAUUGGCAUGGGAAGUGGGGGGACAGUCUUGUGGGACUGAGCUGUCUAACCUGUAGGAUCUGAUGUUCUCCAGGUAGCGUCAGAACUGAAUUGUAGUAGCGGUCACCUGCCUGGUGUCUGCUGCGGAAGGGUUUUUUUUGAGAUGUUAAGACAUUAUAAGAGACAACAGAAAAAAUGUAUACGAUACAACCUUCUCUGAGUUAUAUUUCUCCAUAGCCCUUUUUACUGUUCAUCAGACUGUUUAUCUAACUCAUGAAUUUGUGGCUUGUCUCUCUCCGCUUCAAAGUAAAUUACAUAAUAGGAGGGCAGGGAUUUGUUUUGUCUCUGCUGUAUCCCCCUGAAUUGCUUUCCUUAUUUGUCUCACCUUCCAAUACUAAUUCUACAUUUCUCCUAGUCAGGGCUAGUCCCCUAAAACAGGGACCAUUUCCAUUUUGUUAAGGGGCGGAACGCGGUUCAAGCCUAGCAGAUUGGUUCCAAAAACGUCGCGUUAUUCACUGCCUCUGAUCAGUGACAUUCCCAUUUGCAGCUGAAAGAGGUAUUAAUUUGCCAGAGUCAUAACACGGUUGGAGUUCCUCGUCGCUGUUCUUAUUCCAAAAUAAGCUUAACACAGAAAGAUAAUCACACUCCCACGGACUGGCACAGAAGGCCGCGCUCUGAAUGACAUCGCGAUCACAGAGGCACAGACAGCGUCACAAAGCCCCACACGUACUCACACCGAAGGCUCAGCCGUCGCGCGUUUCCCUCCCAGGCCCCAGGAACUGCCUUGCCCUCUCAAGACACUGUUCUUCAAGAGAAAGACCAGAAGAGAAGGCAAAAAUGAAUGUUGAAGUAGUAAAAGUCAUGCCCCAGGACUUAGUGACAUUCAAGGAUGUGGCAAUAGAUUUUUCCCAGGAAGAAUGGCAAUGGAUGAACCCUGCUCAGAAGUGUUUAUACAGGAGUAUGAUGUUGGAGAACUAUCAGAGCCUGGUAUCCCUUGGUCUUUGCAUUUCUAAGCCAUAUGUGAUCUCCUUAUUGGAGCAAGGGAGAGAGCCUUGGGAGAUGACGAGUGAGAUGACAAGAAGCCCAUUCUCAGAUUGGGAAUCUAUAUAUGUGACACAGGAAUUACCUCUGAAGCAGUUCAUGUAUGAUGAUGCAUGCAUGGAGGGAAUUACAAGCUAUGGACUUGAGUGUUCCACUUUUGAAGAAAAUUGGAAAUGGGAAGAUCUUUUUGAGAAGCAGAUGGGAAGUCACGAGAUGUUUAGCAAGAAAGAAACAAUCACUCAUAAAGAAACUAUCACUAAGGAAACAGAAUUCAAAUAUACUAAAUUUGGGAAAUGUAUCCAUCUGGAAAACAUAGAAGAGAAUAUUUAUAAUCACACAUCAGAUAAAAAAAGCUUCUCCAAAAAUUCUAUGGUAAUAAAACACAAGAAAGUCUAUGUAGGAAAGAAGCUUUUUAAAUGUAAUGAAUGUGACAAAACCUUCACCCAUAGCUCAUCCCUUACUGUUCAUUUUAGAAUUCAUACUGGUGAAAAACCAUAUGCCUGUGAGGAAUGUGGAAAAGCCUUCAAGCAAAGGCAACACCUUGCUCAACAUCACAGAACACAUACUGGAGAGAAACUCUUUGAAUGUAAAGAAUGUAGGAAAGCCUUCAAACAAAGUGAACACCUUAUUCAGCAUCAAAGAAUUCAUACUGGAGAAAAACCAUAUAAAUGUAAGGAAUGUAGAAAAGCCUUCAGACAGCCUGCACACCUUGCUCAGCAUCAGAGAAUUCAUACUGGAGAGAAACCCUAUGAAUGUAAAGAAUGUGGCAAAGCCUUCAGUGAUGGCUCAUCUUUUGCUCGACAUCAGAGAUGUCACACUGGCAAAAGACCCUAUGAAUGUAUUGAGUGUGGGAAGGCUUUUAGGUAUAACACAUCUUUUAUUCGUCACUGGAGGAGUUAUCAUACUGGAGAGAAGCCUUUUAAUUGCAUUGAUUGUGGGAAAGCCUUCAGUGUUCACAUAGGACUUAUUCUGCAUAGGAGAAUUCAUACAGGAGAGAAACCUUACAAAUGUGAUGUGUGUGGAAAAACCUUCAGCUCUGGUUCAUCCCGUACUGUACAUCAGAGAAUUCAUACAGGAGAGAAACCUUAUGAAUGUGAUAUAUGUGGGAAAGAUUUUAGCCAUCAUGCAUCACUCACUCAGCAUCAAAGAGUACACUCUGGAGAGAAACCUUAUGAAUGUAAGGAAUGUGGGAAAGCCUUUAGGCAGAAUGUACACCUUGUUAGUCAUUUGAGAAUUCAUACUGGUGAAAAACCCUAUGAAUGUAAAGAAUGUGGAAAAGCUUUUAGAAUCAGUUCGCAGCUGGCUACUCAUCAGAGAAUUCAUACUGGAGAGAAGCCUUAUGAAUGUAUUGAAUGUGGAAAUGCUUUCAAACAGAGAUCACACCUUGCCCAACAUCAGAAAACUCAUACAGGAGAGAAACCUUAUGAGUGUAAUGAAUGCGGGAAAGCCUUCAGCCAAACUUCCAAUCUUACUCAACAUCAAAGAAUUCAUACUGGAGAGAAACCCUAUAAAUGUACUGAAUGUGGAAAGGCUUUUAGUGAUAGCUCAUCCUGUGCUCAGCAUCAAAGACUCCACACUGGCCAAAGGCCCUAUCAGUGUUUUGAAUGUGGGAAGGCAUUCAGAAGAAAGUUAUCCUUAAUUUGUCAUCAAAGAAGUCAUACUGGAGAAGAGCCUUAAGAAUGUAGUGCAUGUGUCCAAGCCUUUAGUUAUCAUCAAUCCCCUACUGUUAAUCAGAGAUGUCCCACUGGUUAAAAAACAUAUAAAUAUAAGAAAUGUAGAAAAACCUUCAGCCAGGAAGCUGGCAAGAUGGCUGAAUAGGAACAGCUCUGAUCUGCAGUUCCCAGUGAGAUCAACACAGAAGGUGGGUGAUUUCUGUAUUUCCAACUGAGGUACCCAGCUCAUCUCAUUGGGACUGAUUAGACAGUGGGUACAGCCCACGGAGGGUGAGCUGAAGCAGGGUGGGGCAUAACCUCACCUGGGAAGUGCAAGGAGUCGGGGAUCUCCCUCCCCUAGCCAAGGGAAGCCAUGAGGGACUGUGCCAUGAGGAAUGGUGCACUCCGGCACAGAUAACUAUGAUUUUCCCACGGUCUUCACAACCCAUAGACCAGGAGAUUCCCUUGGGUGCCUAUGCCACCAAGGCCCUGGGUUUCAAGCACAAAACUGGGCAGCCAUUUGGGCAGACACCGGGCUAGCUGUAGGAGUUUUUUUGAUACCCCAGUGGCACCUGGAAUGCCAGUGAAACAGAACCACUUACUCCCUUGUUAAGGGGGCUGAAGCUGGGGAGCCAAGUGGUCAAGCUAAGUGGUUCCCAUGCCCACUGAGCCCAGCAAGCUAAGAUCCACUGGCUUGGAAUUCUCGCUGCCAGCACAGCAGUCUGAAGUCGACCUGGGAUGAUCAAGCUUGGUGGGGGGAGGGGCGUCCACCAUUACCAAAGCUUGAGUAGGUGGUUUUCCCCUCACAGCAUAAACAAAGCCAUGGGGAGGUUCCAGGUGAGCAGAGCCCUCCACAGCUCAGCAAAGCCUCUGUAGCCAGACUGCCUCUCUAGAUUCCUCCUCUCUGGGCAGCGCAUCUUUGAAAAAAGUGCAGAUAAAACCCUCAUCUCCCUGGCACAGAGCACGUGAGGGAAAGGGGUGGCUGUGGGCACAGCUUCAGCAGACUUAAAUGUUCCUGCCUGACAGCUCUGAAGAGAGCAGCAGUUCUUCCAGCACAGCGCUUAAGCUCUGCUAAGGGACAGACUGCCUCCUCAAGUGGGUCCCUGACGCCCGUGCCUCCUGACAGGGAGACACCUCCCAGCGGGGGUCCACAGACACCUCAUACAGGAGAGCUCUGGCUGGCAUCUGGUGGGUGCCCCUCUGGGACAAAGCUUCCAGAGGAAGGAACAGGCAGCAAUCUUUGCUGUUCUGCAGCCUCCACUGGUGAUACCCAGGCAAACAGGGUCUGGAGUGGACCUCCAGCAAACUCCAGCAGACCUGCAGCUGAGGGGCCUCACUGUUAGAAGGAAAACUAACAGGAAUAUAAUCAACAUCAACAAAAGGACAUCCACACAGAAACCCCAUCUGAAGGUCACCAGCAUCAAAGACCAAAGGUAGAUAAAUUCAUGAAGAUGAGAAGAAACCAGUGCAAAAAGGCUGAAAAUUCCAAAAACCGGAAUGCCUCUUCUCCUCCGAAGGAUCACAACUCCUUGCCAGCAAGGGAACAAAACUGGAUAGAGAAUGAGUUUGACAAAUUGACAGAAGUAGGCUUCAGAAGGUGGGUAAUAACAAACUCCUCUGAGCUAAAGGAGCAUGUUCUAACCCAAUGCAAGGAAGCGAAGAACCUUGAAAAAAGGUUAGAGGAAUUGCUAACUAGAAUAACCAGUUUAGAGAAGAACAUAAAUGACCUGAUGGAGCUGAAGAACAGCAUGAGAACUUCGUGAAGCAUACACAAGAAAAACCUUCAGCCAGAUUGAAUGCUUUACAUGGAAGAAUUCAUACUGCAGAGAGGGCUUAACAAUGUAAAGAAUGUGCAAAUGUCCUCAGACAAGAUGCACACCUUGCUCAUCAGUGAGUUCAUUUCAGGCAGCCAGCUCUUCCUCACUCACUACGUCACCAAGUCCUGUGGAUAUAUCUGCUAAAUAUUUUUGGAAUUUAUCCACUUCUUUUGGUUCCCCAGUCCAAAACACAGUCAUUUCACCUGGACUAUUUCAAUCAUUACACAGGUGUCCAACCUUUUGUCUUCCCUGGGCCACAUUGGAAGAAGAAAAAUUGUCUUGUGCCACACAUACAAUACACUAACAUUAACAAUAGCUGAUGAGCUAAGAAAAAAAAAAGUCCGUGCAUAGUUUUAGUGAUACACCACCUCAGAUAAGCAAAAAAGUCCUCACAUUCAAUGGGUUGCAUACCCGUGAAUUCUAAAACUUCAUCCUCUUUUGUCCCUUUCGAGUUAACAUUACAGCCACAGUGACCUUUCAAAAAUGCAAAUUAAGUUACUCACUUAAAACUCAAAAACUCUAGUUAAAAUACUUGAUGUAUAUAAAGUGCUUAGCAAAAUGACCAGCUCAUACUAAGUGCUUAGUAAAUGUUAGAUAAAUAUUCUUCAGAGUUGAUGUAAAUUAUUUUUAAACAGUGUAUUCUUGAGAGCAGUACGGCAGUCGUAAAAAUUUUGGAACCAAAACAGUAUCUUUUUUUAAACUAAAAAAAGGUUUAAAUGGGGUCUUGCUAUGUUGCCCAGGGUGGUCUCAAACUCCUGUGCUCAAGUGACCCUCCCAUCUCAUUCUCAAGUGGCUGCGAUUACAGGCAACCAGCCUGACUUAAAACGGUAUUUUAAGGUAGAUGGUGAUUAGCACAUGUAGUAUGCUGAACAUUUAAUAUUAUAAUAAAACAUCACAGUGGCUCUCUCAUGAUUAAGGCUGUGUUCCCUUGUUGGUGACGAAAUUAAUUAUGACGAUAUAUAGAACAUAAGAAGUGGCUAUACAGCUCUGGAUAAGACGAACAAAAGAAUUAGAAUUCCUGGGGAGAAUAUAUACAAGACUGUAUUUAGUCAAGUAAAAAAAAAAAAGUCACUAAUGUUUAACUGAAGAAAGAGAAAUUGAAUAAUAUAGUUCUAUUUCAACAUGUGGGUUCACAGAUUUAUUCUAACCUUCCAAGGGUCCACUAGUAAAGUUGUUCUGGAGUAUAUUUAAAAAAAAACAAAAAACAAAAACUUAAAAUGUUCCACUUCUUUCAUGAGGCUAAGUCAACUCUGAUAACAAACCAAGGGGAAAGAAAUGAAAUUAUAGGUGAGUUUACUUAGUUAUAUACAAAAGGAAAUUAUUAGCCUCUGCUGAUGGAGAACAGAGGCUCUGAAUAAAUGGAGAUCCAUAACAUGUUCCUACAUGAAUGUUUCAAUAUUGUAAUCCUGUAGGUUAUUUUACAUUGACAAUUCUGAAAUUCAUGUUGAGUGUUAAUUAGGCAGGAAUCGGAAGGGAGGUUUUGUAGAAGGUUGUAUCCCAUGGGUUUUUUAUAUUUGAAAGGUGUUUUCGAUGUAUCAUUGGGGGAGAUUAAAUGUCUUUGACAGUUAUACAACUAGAAAUAAAGUCAGCAUCCCAUUUGACUCCUUACACAGAAGUUCAUUGUAUACUCAUUACAGACGUAAGAGGAAAUACUGUUAAGAUGGUAGAGGAGAAUGUAGAGUAUUUCUGUGCCUUUAGGUUCAGGAAGUCUUUGGUAAGCAGGACAAGGUCCAGAAGCCAUGAAGAGAGAAUGACAGGACUAUGUAGAAGAUUUAAACCUUUUUCAUGACGUAAGAUACUGUAUGCAAAGUUAAAAGGCAUAUGACAGGCUGAGAGAUAUCUUAAACAUACAUUAGAAAGGAUAUAGCCCUUGAAAAAGGGCUGUUGGAAAGCAGCAAGGAUAAGGUGCACAGUCUUGCAGAGCAUGUCAACAAAAUUUAUUAGAUGAAGAAAUUAAAAUGGUUAAAUAGAAGAAGUUCUGAACCUCACUAAUGAUCAGAUAAGUGCAGAUUGUAAGUCCUCAUCCCCACCAACACAAACCAGCAGAAAUUUUAUGUGAAUGUAAAGUUUGGAUAAUAUCCAGUAUUGUCACAGAUGUGAGAAACCAUAUUUUCAUACAUUGAGAGGGUAAAUUAGAGGAAAGCCAUUUUAGAGGGCAAUGUGGUGUUACCUGUCAGCAUUUUGAAUAUAAUUACCCUUUGCCACAAUUCUACACCUAGUCAUUUUUGUUCUCAAAAAUCACAAGUGCAGAAAUAUAGAUGCAUAAGCAAAUGUGUUGUAGAAUUGUGAAAAAUUUGGAAAAAGUGUUUAGUACUAGUAAAGUUAUGGGUUACUUAAGUUACAAAAAAUCAGAUUAGUAGAUCACUAUGUAGUUAUGGAAAAUGAGAUGGAUCUCUACUCAAAGAUGUCUUGCAGUUUAUGAACUGAAAUGUAAUUUCAUAACUAACAUGAUGACGUCGUUAUUAACUACAUAAACUUUAUAAAGCUUAAAAAUGCA